AUGAACGAUCUUCCGGGCACGCUCAAGUACAUACAGUACGAGCAUGGGCUUGAAGAACGAUAUCUUCCCGCCAUCCGGUCUCUCAUUGCUGGAGACUUGAGCGAGCCAUAUAGUAUCUAUGUGUACAGGUACUUCCUCUGUCAAUGGGGCCAUCUCUGCUUCAUGGCAUUGGAUCCCGCUGAUGCUUCCCUGAUCGGUGUUAUUAUAUGCAAACUCGAAGUCCAUUCGUCGCAUUCGCCUCCAACGCGUCGAGGUUACAUAGCCAUGUUGGCAGUGGCGUCGCCCUACCGCGGCAAGGGCAUCGCGACAGCCCUUGUCAAGAAGGCCAUUGAUGCUAUGGCGCAGAGGAAGGCGGAUGAGAUCGUGCUUGAGACCGAGGAGACGAACGUGCCAGCCAUGCGGCUUUAUGAGAGGUUGGGUUUCCUUCGGUCGAAGAAACUUCACAGGUACUACCUGAACGGCAACAGUGCAUAUCGGCUUGUCCUGUUGCUUAAGUCCAUUGAUCCGGAUGCCCUUAUUGAAGAUUCUGAGGAAUAG